AUGUCCUUCCUUGGCGGCGCAGAGUGCUCGACGGCGGGCAACCCGCUCAGCCAGUUCACAAAACACGUACAAGAUGACAAGUCAUUACAGAGGGAUCGCCUGGUCGGGCGGGGGCCGGGCGGAAUGCAGGAGGGCAUGCGCAGCCAGCAGAUGGGCGGCGGUUCGGAUGGUGUGCAGAUGAUGAACGAAUUCAUGCAACAAAACGCACAGCUUCCCCAAGGCCCCGGUCCCGCGUCGCCAUUCGCCAUGGAGCAGAUGCGGCGAGAGCUAGAACGCGCACAACACAGCGGUUCGCCCGCCUGGGCAGCAGAGUUCGACUCUGGCAUGGCGGCACCAGAAGCCAUGGGACCAUCGAUGCAGGAGAGACCUGCAGGCUUUAACCCCGCCGAGUUCGCAAAGUUCCAGCAGAUGAACCCCACCGCACGGACAGCGAGCCCGACCGUCCAGUCCCCGUCUUCGAUGAUGGGAGGGUACCAGCGGCCCAUGUAUAAUGGUGGAAUGGGAAUGGGUAUGGGUAUGGGCGGCAUGGGAAUGGGCAUGGGCAUGGGCAUGAUGCACCAAAACUACGGGCAACAAAGCUUCCAGCAGCAGCAGCCGAUGCAAGAAGGCAAGGGCAAAGGUCGCAUGGUCGAGCUCGAUGACCAGGACUGGGAAAAGCAGUUUGCCGAGCUGGAGCAGGUAGACAAGGACGCGCUGGACGUGGAAGCAAACAAGCGCAUAGAGGAGGAGCUCAAUGCAAUGGACAGGUCAGUAGACGCCGCCGACUUCGGCGACUUCGAGUCCAUAUGGCGCGGCAUCAAGGCUGAGACUGAACACGCUAGGCAACUGGCCAACGAGGAGAACUUCGCCGACAGCAUGCAUAUGGGCGAUCUGGACCAGUGGGAGGGCUUUGACGGGCUGAAUACGCAUUCCGUAGGAGACCCGCCCAUGGGCGACUACCUUUUCGAGCAGAACAAUCUCUUCAAAGACAUCACAAACCCGUUCGAAGAAGGCAUCAAGAUCAUGGAAGAAGGCGGAAACCUCUCCCUAGCAGCCCUCGCCUUCGAAGCCGCUGUCCAAAAAGACCCCCAACACAUAGCCGCCUGGGUAAAACUAGGCGAAUCGCAAGCCCAAAACGAGAAGGAAACCCCUGCCAUCCGCGCCCUCGAACAGGCGCUCAAGCUCGACCCUAGCAAUCUCGAGGCCCUCAUGGGUCUCGCAGUCAGCUACACAAACGAAGGCUACGAAAGCACCGCAUACCGCACCCUCGAGCGCUGGCUCGCGACAAAGUACCCGACGCUUAUCAAAGAACCCCUUUCCUCAGAUGCAGAAAUGGGAUUCACAGACCGCCACCUCCUCCACGAGAAAGUCACAAACCUGUUCAUCCAAGCAGCGCAGCUGUCACCUGCGGGAGAGCAAAUGGACCCCGACGUCCAAGUCGGCCUCGGCGUCCUCUUCUACGGCGUAGAAGAAUACGACAAAGCCGUCGACUGCUUCGGCGCGGCGCUCGCAUCGACAGAAUCCGGCGUCAGCAAUUCCUCCUCCCAAGUACACCUCCUCUGGAACCGGCUCGGCGCGACGCUCGCAAACUCCGGCAGGAGCGAAGAAGCCAUCGACGCGUACUCCCGCGCGUUAGCCCUCCGACCGAACUUCGUUCGCGCGCGCUAUAACCUCGGCGUGUCGUGCAUCAACAUCGGGUGCUUCACCGAAGCUGCACAGCACCUCCUCGGUGCUCUGGCAAUGCACAAGGUCGUGGAGAAGGAGGGCAAGGAGCGUGCAAGGGAGGUUGUCGGCGACGGCGUUAGCGAGCGGGAUCUGGAUAAUAUGAUUCAUCAGAACCAAAGUACGAAUUUGUAUGAUACCUUGCGUAGGGUGUUUGGGCAGAUGGGACGGAGAGAUUUGGCGGAUCUGGUGGGGCCCGGAUUGGAUGUUGAGCGGUUUCGGGGGGAGUUUGAGUUUUGA